GGUUGUUGAGAGGAGCAGGCCCAGUGAGGCCCCGAGGAAGCAGAAGGGUGGCCAGGGUGGAGCUUUGUGGGGACGCAAAAGGGAACUGACAGCCAGCAGACCAUCCCCUCCCGUGAACCAGAGAGGAAGGAGGAACGCUGACCAGGAGGCCCGGAUGGAGAGGCGGCCUCCGUGGUGUCGGGCCCCGCCAGACCCGCUCUCGGGCCCCCAGCUCCUGGGUUUGCUCCUGUUUCCCUGGACCCUGCAGCUCGCAGGAGGACAGUUGGUGACCCACAUCGGCGCCCCCAUCAUGGUCUCUCUGGCCAACGAGGCCAUCUCCUUUGGCUGCAAAAUCUCCUACCCGCACACCCCCGAACUGAAGGACUUCACAGCCUGGUACUUUCACGUGGACCUUCAGAGUCAGAGGAGCUCCGAGAAGCAGAUCAACUGCUCAGCCCACCCGGUCCAAGAGAACCAGACGCACAGCCUGAAAUGCUGGGUCACGCCCCAGCUGCCCAAUGCGUCAGCCACCGGUACCUACUACUGCUCCGUGCACUGGCCAAACUUGAUAAGAAUCAGCAAAGGAAUCUUCAUCCUGGUCCGAGACACAGGGUACCGAGAGCCCCCACAGGGCGCCCAGAAGCUUCUGCUCUUUUGCUUCACGGGCCUCCUGACCCUGCUGAGCAUCGUGGUCACGGCUCUGCUCCUCUGGAAGAAGGGACAGAUGCGGGCUCCCCCGAAGCGCCUGGACCCCGGCACCGCCCACGGCCAGGAGCAGCCUGUGGCCGAAUCCAUCUACGCAUCUCUACAGGGCAGAGACACUGAAAUCUACUCCUGCAUCCAGACCGUGCCCAGCAGCCUGCCCCCCAACCCAGAGCCUUGUCUCCCAGGAGAAAAUGCACAGAUUUACGAAUGACAGCGAAUUUAACCUGGUCUAUGAAAAUCUCUAGGAUGAGCUCCACGGGCCCUUCGGUCUCGCCCUGGAUCAGAUGCCCCACAGCAGCUCCUCCUUCCACAGGACCUGUCCUAUCCCAGGAGUGAGGCCCCAGGGGCAUCCCAUCACCUUGCCCCCACAUUCAAGGCACUUCCGGCCUUGGCCUGCCCCCUACCCCCUCCUUCUGUGUCCCAGCCAGACCCACCGGUCACAGCGUUUCACAUCUGGCCUUUGCCCAGACUGUCCCUUCUGCCCGGGAGCCCUUCCUCAGUCCUCACAGGCUCUCCUCGACACAGCCCCUCCCCAAGCCCUCCGCACCCUUUCAUGGGCUCUCUGGGCGCCAGCCUGCACCACGGCCUGAGCCGGCGGCGAGGCCAACCGUGAGCUCCUCGGGGAGGUUCCCAGCAAAGGACCCUUGGUGCCGUGAGCGCGAGCAUCCGCGGGGAUGAAUAAAGGAACGACUACACAAAUACCCCA